AUGGUGACUGUCUUUAGCUCAGGCAGCUUGAUGUCCACUGGUUCACAUCUGGAGCAGCCUCCACCUCUGUCUCUGUCCCCGCACCGUCCCAACUCCCACCUCCCGGUCCUGCACUGCGCAACGUCCUGCACCCCCACCCCCCUUUAUGGCUGCCACGGAGACCGGACUGUGUUUUGGUCAAUGACAGGUUCCACGUGGACGAGCUGCCGUGUCAUAGACAAGCAGCUAAAUUCAAGCGGCAGCACCGUUGUAUCGUUGCCUAGCAACCACCCGGCCGCAGAGGGACCAAACAUGGAGGCUAAAAGGCAGAGCGCAGAAUCCAUAGUGUCAGAUGUUGACAAGAAGAUCAGAGCUGCUUUUCAGGCGUUCGACUACGAGGCUAACAACACAGUGGAUGUCCGGGAGCUUGGCACCAUCAUCUAUGCCCUGGGUUGCUUUCCCUCUCAGAAAGACCUACAUGACUUCAUAGCCGAGGUGGAAGAGGAUCACACAGGACACAUCCAUCUGGACAAGUUUCUCCCAAUCAUGACCAAAGUGCUGCUGGAGAAGAAGUUCCCUCCCAUUCACGAGGACCUUCUGCUUCAGGCCUUUAAGGUUCUGGACAAAGAAAACAAAGGAUACCUGGAAUCUGAGGAGAUGACAAAGUACAUGACACAGGAAGGUGAGCCCUUCACUCAGGAGGAGAUGGAAGAGAUGCUGACGGCUCUCGCAGACCCGGAGAAGAACCACAUCUAUUACACAGACGUUAUGAGCCAGCUGACCAUCGACCCUGACAUGUAAAAAGUGUG